GUUAUGUUCAGUAUUGUUCUAAAAUAUUACUACUUCCGAGUCUACAUAAACGUCAUCAUCGUAUUGAUUAUCCCCUUGACUCAAUUCCCAAAAUGAAGCCCUCCUCCGUUUUCUUCGCGCUCUUCUCCUUGAUCACAGUUACAGUUGCAGAUAAAGUAUGCACACCAAGCUUCGACUACUGCUCAGAUGAGCUUAUAAGCAAGAAGGGAUUCACGGAAGAUGAUCUAAAGUCCGUGCUGAAGGGAACAGAGUUUGAGAAGGAAGACUUGAAGAACAUUCUUUUCCAUUGCACGAACCCUGGCAUUGUCGGUCAUCCAAAGCUUUGUAGCAGUGGAUGCAAGGAUUCGGAGCAAGAGGGUAGCCACAGCUGCUAGAGGGCAUACCUCAGAUUCAAAGUCUCAUGAAGUGUUUGUCGCAUCCGUCCAUUUGUGAGUAAUAUUUGGAACCAACGGUUAUCUUCACUCAGCAUUGGACGUUCUUGGUACCAUGGUAAAGCAUAGUAUUACCAGUGGAACUCAUCGAUUCGGUCUGGAAAGCGAGGGCAUC